AUGCCGAGACGUGGUGCAGGAUGGCCACGCAAGAGGACAUUGGAAUCCCUGGCGACGGAGUCGCUAGAGAUGUCUGCUAGGGUCGAGCCUGUCGGUGGACAGACUCCGCAUGGUACUGCGGGCGCGUCGGGUUCUCAAACUCCGAUGGUUUCAGAGGUACCUACCUCGACCGUACCCGUCGUACCCGUCGUACCCACUCAUACAGUAUUUACAAUGCCACUAGCGAUGCCACCUGUGGCAUAUCUGGCACCUCCUCCAGUCAUGCCUAUGGCAUAUCCAACACCUCCUCCAGCCUUGCCUGCGGCAUAUUCGACACCUCCUCCAGCAGUGCCUGCCGUUGUGUACCUGGCACACGCACCAGUAGCACCAAUUACACCUACCGUACUUCCAGCCGCACCCACCUAUAUUGACCCUGCAGUACCACCAGCGGCACCUGCCCCAGCUUAUGCAGCAGCACCGGGGAUACCUCCCCCGGCUUAUCUAGUGGUACCACCUGUAGUAUCAGCUCCUAGUGGUUCCGCCAGUUCCUGUAGUUGUCCCUACUCACCUUACUGA